AGGUUAACUGAAAACUUGCCUGUAUGGCGCGAGCGGCACAAACCUCGUGAACCUAAUGGUGUUAUUAAUAAUAUAGAAAUAGUUAAAUAAAAGUUACAGACAAAAAUGACUCUCACAGAAAUGGAACCGCUUAAAAUACAUUUGGAUGCCUUAGAAAUGGCAGGAAAAGUAGUUGAUACACAUAUUACUGCAGAUAGCAACUUUCCCUCUUUAAUUAAUCUCAUGCGAUAUAAUGUGCAAGGUGGACCAACAGUUAGUGGUCUUGAUGAUCAUGACUAUCCUAGUUCAAAUGGGAUGUCAGUAUGUUUGUCAAACAUAAACCAAAUGAAAUUUCACAGCAAAAUUUCUUUACCAUCUGAAAUAAUGGAACAUUUUCGUCAUAUGCAAUGCCAUUGUAUGAUGGGUCUUUUCACAGAAAUUUCAAAAGCAUGGCUUACAAUUGAUAGCGAUAUAUAUGUUUGGUCAUAUGAAAAUGAAUCUGAUGUUGCAUAUUUUGAUGGAUUAAAUGAAACUAUUAUAAGUGUAGGUUUAGUAAAACCCAAACCUGGGGUAUUCCAAUCUUAUGUAAAAUACUUAUUAAUUCUUACAACUACAGUGGAAAUAACCAUCCUUGGUGUUACACUAACAGAAAAUAAUGAAGGUACUCCACCAGAGAUGCAACUAGUUCCAGAACCAAUUUUUACAGUUACCACAGAUGGUAUUGGUAUUACAACAAUAGCAAAUACCAGUAGUGGAAGAAUUUUUCUAGGGGGUAGAAAUGGUUCUCUUUAUGAAAUAUACUAUCAGGCAGAAAGUAGUUGGUUUGGAAAACGUUGUAAAAAGAUAAAUCAUUCAGAAGGUCCGUUAUCGUUUUUAGUUCCAUCAUUUGUCACUAUUGCUUUGUCAGAAGAGGAAGCAAUAAUACAAAUUUCGGUCGAUGAUACCCGUUACAUUUUAUACACUCUUGGUGAUAAGGGAACAAUCACAGUUUGGGAUAUUGAUAAUGAUGGUGCAUCCAAAGUUGCAUCCUUAUCACAAGCUUCUUUGGUACAAAAUGCUGUUCAUGUUGUUAAAACUCUGGAUAGUAAUAAUUUCCGACCAUUGGUGAGCAUAUCUGCUAUUACAGAAUCAGAAUCAGUACAUUUAAACUUAGUUGUAGUUGCAGCUACUGGAACACGUUUCUACUUCAGUUGUACUUCAGUUGUUAAUCCGACUACUAGACCUCAAGGUCUCCAAUUAAUACAUGUUAGACUACCACCAGGUUAUGCCGCUAAUGCUACAGUAAUGAGGCCAAGAAAAGUACAAAUGGCACAUUAUAGAAAAGGAACUUUAAUUCUUGUUUGUGGCGGAGAUACAGAGACAGCUUUAUGUUUAAGUAAUGAUGCUUAUCCGUUUACGAAUUACUUAGCUGAAACUCAGUGUCCUUUAUCACUCGAUAGCCCAGUAUGGGCAAUGGCAGAAAUUCUUGUAGAGCCAGCUAUACGUAUUGAAAAACAAAGCACUUCUCAAGGAGAGCCACCUCUUAUUGUAAGACAACAUAUGGAGGCACCACGGAAGUUUAUAUUUUUAACAUCUCAGGGCGCCAUAAUUUAUGUACAAGUUCGUCCGAUGGAUAUCUUGAAAGAGCUUCUUUUAAAACAGCGCGGACCCGAUACCGAAGCGGUUCGGGCAUAUUUUCAAUUACAAUCGUUGGAACAAGCAUGUGCAACAUGCCUUAUUUUAGCUACGCUUGAAAGCUCUCAAAAUGCGGAGUUGGCAGAGUGGGCAACAAGAGCAUUCUUUUUAUAUGGCAGUCAACUAUCAACAAGCAUGGGACCCGCAAUUGAUUUACAUAAUAUGAACACAGGUGAUAUUCGCACGUCGACACCAAGAGUUCCAAACUAUGAUUUAAGACAUCAAGGAUUCCGACCUCACGCACCACUCGGAUUUAAUACAGAAAUUCCUUUACAACAGUUCUCAGCAAAGCACAAUGGCUUGUAUUUGUACGUGGGAAGAAUACUUCGGCCCAUAUGGAACAUGCGAUGCAUUAAGCAAGAAAUUAUAAAUAAUAAAACUCAGAUUUCUAGUACAAUUACAACAAGGCAAGUUAGUUGGAUUUUAGGUCUUCUUCAGGCAUUAAGAUCAUUUCUUAAUAAGAAUACCCAUAUUACUAAACAGCAUAGCACAACUAGAAACAUUCCUGAUGGAUUUGAAACAACUAUAGCUAGUCAUUAUCAAGAACCAAUAGUUGAAGAAAGAAAUUCCUUAGCGGCAUUAAAAAUUUUUAUUACCCAUGCCUGCGAAGUUCUAGAACUUUGGAAAAUUUUGUGUGAAAAUAAUUUGAAUAACAUUGUAAACUGUUUGUCGAAGGAUCAAAUUAAUCAAUUUUCUACAGCUACGUUCCGAGAUUUGAUCUUAAUUGGUCAUGAAAUUUCGUCGUUACUGAUCAUUCAUCUCAUAGAUAGUUAUCUUGGAGAUAAUGCUUCCGUUGAUAUCGUUAGUCAAAGGUUAAGAGAAGUUUGCCCAAAUUUAUAUAGAAGCGAAGACGCUGUUUGUUCUAAGGCUAAUGAAAUUAUCUUAAAAGCAAAAAGUUGUACAAACCCAGAGGAAAAGGAAUGUUAUUUACAGUCUGCUUUGAAGCUUUGCAAAGAAGUUGCCCCCAGAUUGAACUUAAGCGCAGUUUGCCAACAAUUUGUUGCUUGUCAGUUUUAUUCGGGUGUAUUGGAAUUAUGUCUGUGUUGUGCAGAAAGAAUGGAUCCCAACAAUGCCGCGUUACAUUAUUAUAAAAAUAACGAACCAAUUGAAGAUCAAGAAGGACGAUUUGCUUACAUAAAAAGAUUCGAAAUUUAUAAAGAAUUCAUUGCACUAUUGGAUCAUCUUUAUAAUCAAAGUAUUUCAAAUCCGUUAACUCCAACUAUACCUAGCAGACCUGGACCUCCUACACAAAAUUCUUUAACUGCACCUGUUACUCCAGCAAAAGAAACGUUACUCCAAAUGAUAAAUGAUGCAUUACAUUCCCCUUGUGAGAUUCUUCACGCUUCGGUAUACGAGUGGAUGAUUAAAAGAGGGCUUCACGGAGAACUUGUUGCUUUUGCAGCACCUUCUUUAGAAGCGUACCUUACACGUUUCAAUGCGCCAGAUUUACUUUGGCAAUUUUAUGAGAAAAAUAAAAAUCAUGCCGCCGCUGCCAAGAUCUUGGAUUCUUUGGCUACUAAAGAAUCAAAUAUACCAUUGUCUCAGAGGGUUGAAUACUUAGCUCGGGCAGUAGUUUGUAUGCGAAGCGAUCAAGCCGGUUACGCUCCAUAUCUUGGUAUUUUUCUACGUGAAUUGGAAGAUAAAGUUGAAGUAGCUAGAAUACAACAACAGAUAUUAGAUACAAUUAAUAAUCAGGGCCUGAGUGAUAGACUUAGCGAAGAAGCGCAUAGAGCGUUAAAGUUUUCAUUACUCGAUAUAACAAAGUUGUACGAAAAAUAUGCGGAUCCUCUUCAAUUAUGGGAAUGCAAAUUAGCUAUAAUUCAUUGUUCCGGUCAUCAAGAUGCAAUGUUAAUCCAAGAAAUUUGGACUAAUAUUAUAAAUAAUGAAUUAAAAGCAUGUUCCGCGUCUAGCCCAGAAGACAAAAUGGCUAUUUUAAUGAGUAAAAUUAUAUCCCUUGGACAAGAAUAUUCUGCAUCACCACAUUGUUUCCCAGUUGACUUUUUAAUAAAACAGCUAGAAAUAAAAGCAUGUAAUUUGAAUGUAUUAAAUACUGGAAUUAUAUCUGGAUUUCUGCAGUUAGGAGUUUCAAUGGAGGAUCUUUUAGAUAUUUAUAAAAUGAUUGGUAAAGAUACUCGAACUUGGUUGAACGAAGGCAAUGAAUUUCAUCUUAUAGAAUCGACGGCGAAUUUGGUUAAUUAUUUUAUAUCUCAUUCUAACAUUACCAAUAAUUUAAUCAGACGAAAAAUAAUAACAAAAUGUCAAGAUGUGAUUUCAAAGUGUUUAACCACUCUAUAUAGCAAACCUCAUGGACAAGAACUAAUAACAAAACUUAGGUCAAUUCAAAGCGUUCUAAAUCGUAUGUAAAAAAAAAAGUGUUUUUAUAAAGAAAUAACAUUUUAUAAAA